AUGGCCACUGGGACCUCCAAAGGGACGGUGGCGUUAUGGGAUGCACGCGCACACAAGCGGCCCUGCUCAGAGCUUCAAGGGCCGCAGCACACCGGUGCACUGCAGACCCUGCAGGUCACCCCUGACGGCAGAGCGGUCAUUGCCGGCUCGCAGUGCGGCCAGGUGCUGAUGUGGGACAUGAGGGGCGGCCGGUCGCCUACGGCUCAGCUAGGAGCUUACGGGCCGGCGCGGCACCCGCUGCUGGCGGCUGUGCGGCUGCGCGCCGCGCUGGCGGCCGUCCCAGGGCUGACUCAGCAGACCCACCUGCCGGGGACCUCCCUGCUCAGCCUAAUUCUGGACGCCCUCGACCCCAGGCGGGCCGCCUUCUGCCUCCCCUGCGGCUGGCAGGGCGUCCUGGAUUUGGUGAGGCAGGAGGUCACGCAUCUGUAUUGCCCGCCUCAUGACGAGGAGAAUCCGGCGGCCCUCAACCACGACUGUCUGCCGGCGUGGGGCCGAAAUGGCGGGCCUUACUGCUGCCCAUCUGCAUCCGGAGUCACUCUGCUCGACUUCAAUUCAAAGACAGCGUCCCCGCAGAAGCACACUCCUCCUUGUGUGCAUGAGUAG